CAUCUAUCCUAACUCGAGACUUGUCUGGGCACCUCAUCGGGAGUCCAUCGACUGAAGAGUCGAUGUCCGACAAGGCAGGGCCGGUCGGCCGGCGAGGGCUCACACCUCUUGAGGGCCAAGAACUUGGGCACCGAUGAGCAAGAGGUCCUCUUGGAUGGUGCCCUCGUCGAGGCGCCGCCCGGGACGCUGACCUUCACGGGACCCGCCGCCACCCUCUUGGAGCUCCAGUACUUGGGCGAUGGCCAAUGGACGCUGAUGGUGGACGGUCACGAGGCGCAGCGCUAUACACCCAACAGCGCCACGCUGGCGCCUCCGCAGAUCUGCUGGUGGAGGUUUGGCAUCACGGGUACCGGCACCCAUCAUGUCCGAGCCGCUGACGUGGGCACGCCUCAGCAGCAGAUUUGGAUCGAUGGGGUUCCUCUCGAUGCACCACCCGGCACGAUGAGCUUCACUGGACCUGGAGCGUGCUUGCUGGAGCUGAUUCAGCGGGAGGAUGGGCAAUGGAUGUUGGUUUGUGAUGGCUAUCCGUUGGAGCAGCACAACCCGGCCAACGACAGUGGGGAACCUUCACUGGUGUGGCAGUUCGCCCUGGCUGAAGGACAUCAUCUUCUGGCGGUGACUGAGCUGCGCCAGGUCAGCAGUUCUUCCUGGAUGGGGCUGACCUGCAGGUGCCGGAGGGCGCCUUUGAAUUCACGGGUCCAGGCCGCGGUCGGUCGCUCGUCGCCCGGUCGCUCGGUACGGUCGCCCGCCGAGGUCGAGAGGCGACGAGUCGACCCAUUCCGAAAAUGGGCGAGUACGAAUGGUACCUGUUUUUAGCAGGUGAACCACCCGUGAGUGCCGGCCUUAGGGCCUAAAAUGGGCCCUCGAACCUCGGAAGCAGCGUCAAAUCCACCUGAGAGGCUCUUUGCUGGAGCUGAAGCUUCAGGAGGGUCGCUGGCAGCUCUUUGUGGACCAUCAGAGCAUUGCUGCGCUGAGUAGCAGGGCGGCGCAAUUGCCUGGGCCCGUCUCUUUGCUGGGUCAGGAGAGGGGCGUCAACAACUGGGGGUGGCGCUCCCCCAGGGCGUCUCCUUCGAUGCCGACCAGCAACGCUACACGGCGACGAUCCGCGUGGGCGGCCGCUUCAAGAACCUGGGUUUGUUCCACUCGCCGGAGGAGGCGCACCAGAGAUAUUUGGAGGUCAAGCAGGAGCUGGGUCUUUAAAAGUCGCCGGAACUCUGUCGAAGACGCUAGCGAUGAGGUGCUGCCGCCUUGUGCUGCAUUGAUUGAGUGACCUUCAUGCUUCAGCACCGCGUGCGGGUGUAGGUCUGUUGUGGUGCUUGCAGAGGUGUUUCUGGA